GUAACAUGUAUUAACCAAUGUUAUAUAUCACGAAGUCAAAUAUGAACACAUUACGGUUUAUUUUAAAACAUCAUCGUAUUUUACUCAUGAUAAAUCUGGUAUUGUUUAUUUUUCUGUUUUGGCGAGUGAAAAAAACGGGCCGUAAAUCGAAUGACCACGGAAUUUUUCCUAGGAAUACCGAUUUCUCCUGCCCCGAUUUAUGGCAGUCCGGUUCUUCGGGAAAGAUGGCGGUCCAAAGGGCAACGGAAUUCAUUAAGACACAUCAUCGACACAUGAUUUCGAAUUCACAGUAUUCAGAUUUAACUAAGGACUGCGCAACUUUUCAAAAGGAACGUGGUUACGUCAUGGGUUCGAUGACGUCAGAGGAAGAGGAUUAUCCAAUCGCGUAUUCAAUAGUCAUGUACAAAGAUGUAGAGCAAGUAGAGCGUCUCCUGCGCGCAAUCUAUCGGCCUCAAAACGUUUAUUGCAUCCACGUGGAUGCAAAAACGUCCAAUGAAACCUACGAGACUGUCACAAAGAUCAUCAACUGCUUCCCGAAUGUUUUUCAUGCUCCGAUACGAGUUAAUGUAACAUGGGGGAAACCCAGCAUGAUGAUGCCCGAUUUGAUAUGCAUGGCGGCGCUCCUCAAGCACAGUACAAAAUGGCGAUAUUUCAUCAACUUGACUGGCCAGGAGUUUCCCUUGAAGACAAAUGGUGAGCUGGUGCGGAUCUUAAAGGCUCUUCGCGGGGCCAACGAUCUGGAGGGAACUCUCAAAAGGAGAAGCACCCACCGGUUCCGAUAUUCCUACAAGACGAAGAAGCGUAAGCCUCCGCCACCCCUUCAGAUUGUUCCGUAUAAGGGAAACAUGCACAUGACAGCCAGCAGGGGCUUUGUUGACUUCAUCGUCAAUGACCCCAAGGCGCACACAUUCUAUAAAUGGGUGGAGGACACGCGUUAUCCCGAGGAGACGUAUUUCUCUACGCUGCAGCACAAUGCACAUCUUGGGGCACCAGGGGCGUACACAGGCAAUUUACCGGAAACCAACAUCAACUCCAGGAAGCCAUUUCUCUCCCGAUAUAUGGUGUGGCUCCCCGACACGGACUGUCAGGGGAGAUUUGUCCGCCAGGUCUGCGUCAUGGGCGUUGGGGAUUUGCAAACUUUGACCACAAGAAAAGAACUUUUUGUAAAUAAGUUGCAUUUAGACUUUCAGUUCUUGGCCCUGGAUUGUCUAGAGGAAUGGAUAUUUCAGAAGAUGCGAGAGGAGUAUGCAACAGGAAGAAAGUUGGAUACAACGUAUUAUGAGGGGUUGGAAUUCGUAAGGAAUUGUAACUGCAACAUCACAGACAAAUAGCUGAAAGCACAUGCUUGUUAUCUGUUCAAAGAAUAAAACAUUAUCAACUCCU